GCAGGUGCCGCUGCGCUGGGGCCGGGGAGGCUGCGCGCGGAGCGGAUCCGCGGAGGGAUGGGGAGCGGGCCGCCAGGGCUGCAGGAGUACCCGCGCGGGGCGUAGGCGGGCGCGAGCGGGCGUGAGCAGGAGCUCCGGAGAGAAGUGUGCAGCGCAGGAGCACUUUGCGAUAGGAUGAGGCUCCUGGCUGGCGCGCGGUAGUACUAUGAUUUGGUAUGUGGCCACUUUGAUAGCAAGUGUGAUCAGCACCCGAGGUCUUGCGGCUCAAGCUGCCCACGGCCUGAGAGAGGAGCCCGAGUUUGUGACAGCAAGAGCCGGCGAGAGCGUGGUCCUGAGAUGCGAUGUGAUCCACCCUGUGACAGGACAGCCCCCGCCCUAUGUUGUGGAGUGGUUCAAGUUUGGGGUGCCCAUCCCUAUCUUCAUCAAGUUUGGCUACUACCCCCCACAUGUGGACCCUGAGUAUGCAGGUCGGGCUAGUCUUCAUGAUAAAGCAUCACUGCGGUUGGAGCAGGUUCGCUCUGAGGACCAGGGCUGGUACGAAUGCAAAGUGCUCAUGCUGGACCAGCAGUAUGACACCUUUCAUAACGGCAGCUGGGUCCAUCUCACCAUCAACGCUCCUCCCACCUUUACAGAAACACCCCCCCAGUACAUCGAGGCCAAGGAGGGUGGCAGUGUUACCAUGACCUGCACAGCUUUUGGGAACCCUAAGCCCAUUGUCACCUGGCUCAAGGAGGGGACACUCCUAGGUGCUAGUGGGAAAUACCGGGUGAGUGAUGGGAGCCUGACGGUGACAUCGGUCAGUCGGGAGGACAGAGGCGCCUACACCUGUCGUGCAUAUAGCAUCCAGGGGGAGGCUGUUCAUACUACUCACCUGCUUGUCCAAGGGCCUCCUUUCAUAGUGUCCCCUCCUGAGAACAUCACUGUCAACAUAUCCCAAGAUGCUUUGCUCACCUGCCGUGCGGAGGCAUAUCCCGGCAACCUCACUUACACCUGGUAUUGGCAAGAUGAGAACGUCUACUUUCAGAACGACCUGAAGCUGAGAGUUCGGAUCCUGAUUGAUGGGACCCUGAUAAUCUUCCGGGUGAAGCCUGAGGAUGCGGGGAAGUACACCUGUGUCCCUAGCAACAGUCUGGGGCGCUCCCCCUCAGCCUCGGCCUACCUGACUGUGCAGUACCCAGCCCGUGUCCUCAACAUGCCCCCUGUAAUCUAUGUGCCCGUGGGAAUUCAUGGCUAUAUCCGUUGCCCUGUGGACGCAGAGCCACCCGCCACUGUGGUCAAGUGGAACAAGGAUGGCCGCCCCCUGCAGGUUGAGAAGAAUCUAGGUUGGACCUUGAUGGAGGAUGGCUCCAUUCGAAUUGAGGAGGCCACAGAGGAGGCCCUUGGCACUUACACCUGUGUGCCUUACAAUACCUUGGGGACCAUGGGCCAGUCUGCUCCUGCGCGGCUUGUCCUGAAGGACCCCCCGUAUUUCACGGUGCUACCAGGCUGGGAGUACAGGCAGGAGGCCGGCCGGGAGCUACUUAUUCCCUGUGCUGCCGCAGGGGACCCCUUCCCUGUGAUCACGUGGAGAAAGGUAGGGAAGCCCAGCAGAAGCAAGCACAACACCCUGCCUAGCGGGAGUCUCCAGUUUCGAGCCCUGAGUAAGGAGGACCACGGGGAGUGGGAGUGCAUCGCUACCAACGUGGUCACCAGCAUCACUGCCAGUACCCACCUGACUGUCAUCGGCACCAGCCCCCAUGCCCCAGGCAGUGUCCGGGUCCAGGUCUCCAUGACAACUGCCAACGUGUCCUGGGAGCCAGGCUAUGAUGGAGGAUUCGAGCAGACAUUCUCAGUUUGGUACGGACCUCUGAUGAAGCGGGCACAGUUUGGACCCCAUGACUGGCUGUCUUUGUCAGUGCCACCAGGACCCAGCUGGUUGCUAGUGGAUGCCCUGGAGCCUGAGACAGCGUACCAGUUCAGUGUCCUGGCCCAGAACAAGCUGGGAACGAGCGCCUUCAGUGAGGUGGUCACUGUGAACACUUUAGCAUUCCCCAUCACAACUCCAGAACCUCUGGUGCUGGUUACCCCACCACGGUGCCUCACAGCCAAUCGGACCCAACAGGGUGUACUCCUGUCUUGGCUCCCACCUGCCAACCACAGCUUUCCUAUUGACCGCUAUGUCAUGGAGUUUCGUGUCGGAGAACGCUGGGAGAUGUUAGAUGACGCCAUCCCAGGCACCGAUGGAGAAUUCUUUGCCAAGGAUCUAUCACAGGACACCUGGUACGAGUUCCGGGUUUUGGCUGUCAUGCAGGAUCUGAUCAGCGAGCCCAGCAACAUUGCCGGCGUCUCCAGCACAGACAUCUUCCCACAGCCAGACCUGACCGAUGACGGGUUAGCUCGGCCUGUGUUGGCUGGAAUUGUAGCUACCAUCUGCUUCUUGGCAGCUGCCAUCCUGUUUAGCACCCUGGCCGCCUGCUUUGUCAACAAGCAGCGCAAGCGUAAGCUGAAGCGCAAAAAAGACCCUCCACUCUCCAUCACUCACUGCAGGAAGAGUCUGGAGUCUCCCUUGUCCUCUGGCAAGGUGAGCCCAGAGAGCAUCCGGACGCUCCGAGCGCCGUCGGAGUCCUCCGAUGACCAGGGCCAGCCAGCAGCCAAAAGGAUGCUGAGUCCUACCCGGGAGAAGGAGCUGUCCUUGUACAAGAAGACCAAGAGGGCCAUCAGCAGCAAGAAGUACAGCGUGGCCAAGGCUGAGGCUGAGGCUGAGGCCACGACGCCCAUUGAGCUUAUCAGCAGAGGUCCUGACGGCCGCUUUGUGAUGGGUCCCUCCGAGGUGGAGCCCUCGGUGAAAGGCAGGCGCAUCGAGGGCUUUCCUUUUGCAGAGGAGACGGACAUGUACCCUGAGUUCCGCCAGUCUGACGAGGAGAAUGAGGACCCGCUCGUGCCUGCUUCUGUGGCGGCCCUGAAGUCCCAGCUGACCCCUCUGUCAUCCAGCCAGGAGUCCUACCUGCCACCACCAGCAUACAGCCCUCGGUUCCAGCCCCGUGGCCUAGAGGGCCCCGGAGGCCUGGAAGGUCGGCUCCAGGCGACAGGCCAAGCCAGGCCCCCUGCUCCCCGGCCCUUCCACCACAGCCAGUAUUAUGGGUACCUCAGCAGCAGCAGCCCUGGGGAGGUGGAGCCGCCACCCUUCUACAUGCCAGAAGUGGGCAGCCCCUUGAGCUCUGUCAUGUCCUCUCCACCUCUGCAUACGGAGGGGCCUUUUGGCCACCCCACCAUCCCUGAGGAAAAUGGCGAGAAUGCUUCCAACAGCACGCUGCCCUUGACUCAGACACCCACAGGCGGGCGCUCCCCUGAGCCCUGGGGCAGGCCAGAAUUCCCCUUUGGGGGACUGGAAACCCCGGCCAUGAUGUUCCCCCACCAGCUGCACUCCUGUGAUGUAGCUGAGAGUCUGCAGCCUAAGGCCUGCCUCCCCCGAGGACUGCCACCCACCUCCCUCCAGGUGCCCGCGGCCUACCCGGGCAUCCUGUCUCUGGAAGCGCCAAAGGGUUGGGCAGGCAAGUCGCCAGGCAGAGGCCCUGUCCCACUGCCCACCGCCGCCAAGUGGCAGGACAGACCUAUGCAACCUCUGGUGAGCCAAGGGCAGCUAAGACAUACCAGCCAAGGUAUGGGCAUACCCGUGUUGCCUUACCCCGAGCCAGCCGAGCCGGGGGGGCACGGCAGCCCCAGUACAUUUGGCCUGGACACCCGGUGGUAUGAGCCCCGGCCCCGGCCCAGCCCCCGGCAGGCCAGGCGCGCCGAACCCAGUUUACAUCAAGUGGUGCUACAGCCCUCCCGGCUCUCGCCUCUGACCCAAAGCCCCCUCAGCUCCCGCACUGGCUCCCCUGAGCUUGCUGCCCGGGCCCGGCCUCGCCCCGGCCUCCUGCAGCAGGCUGAGAUGUCAGAGAUCACCCUCCAGCCACCGGCUGCUGUCAGUUUCUCUCGCAAGUCCACACCAUCCACGGGCUCCCCAUCCCAGAGCAGCCGCAGCGGGAGCCCCAGCUACCGGCCCACCGUGGGCUUUACCACUCUGGCCACGGGCUACCCCUCCCCUCCGCCAGGCCCUGUGGGGCCUGGGGACAACCUGGAUGUGUUUGGACAGACGCCUUCGACUCGAAGGAUGGGGGAGGAGCUGCUUAGACCAGAGCCCCCCCCACCACAGUUACCUACUUCAGGAACCCAUCCACCUGCACCCGGGAAUGCUGCUGCACCUGAGAGGCUGGAGGCUCUGAAAUACCAACGAAUAAAGAAGCCCAAAAAGUCAUCCAAGGGCUCUUCGAAGUCAAAGAAACGAUCCGAUGGUCCUGCCUCCCAGGCUCAGCAGCUUCCAAACUCUCAGGUUCUGUGGCCCGAUGAAGCUGUCUGCCUCCGAAAGAAGAAGAGACAUUCUCGGCCGGACCCCUUUGCCCGCCUUUCAGACUUAUGCCACCGCCAGCUUCCAGAAGACCAGAAGGCGAUUCUCAACAGCAUGGAUCAUGACGACCCCGGCCAUGCCACUCUCCUGUGACAACACAACUCUAAGUGCUCCCAGAGCGAGAAUGCUGGGCUGAGCGCAAGGGAGGGACACAUGGUGAUGGGUGCUGGGGUCUCGUCUUCCUCAUCAGUGGAGGCAUGGCAUGGCCAGUAGUUCUGAGGGCUGCUCAGACCAUUGUUCUCUCUGUUCUCUCUCUGGCCAGAGCGGGAGUCUCCUCCAAAUCCUGGCCAGCUGGCCUCGUCUUUGGGACAUGGGGCUAGGGCAGACAUUUUGGCUAUGGGUGGAGAUCAGAAAGUGAACUGGGGACAGGGAGAAAUUUUCCUCCUCCCCACCACUCCCCGCUUCACUAGACUGAUUUCUCUCACCUCUUCAAAGAUCUUUGGAAGUGAAGAAGAGGAAAGCAAUGGCUUUUAUUGCUCUCUGCUUCUGCUUCAGUUUUUAAGUCCUAGGAGAGGGCUGAACCUCCAUCCUGCCUUCCUAACUCUACAUAUAUAUAGAUAUAGAUACAGAUGCAUAGGUAUGUAGUUGGUGGGUUUCUCUAUGUGUAUAUAUAUGUACGUUGAAGCAAAGUGCUGUUUAUUUCUGUGGUCAGUGGAAGAAGGAGGAAGAGGGCAGCAUACAGGUGGGGCUUGUGAGUAGGACUGGCAGAGACCUGGCUGGGUGCCCUGAUGUCUGUCUUGGGGAUUAUUCUUUCUGAAAUAGGAUUCAUGCCUUCUCAGCUGAAUUCAACAUUUGACUCUCGACUUUCUCCCAUCCAGAGCAGAAGCUGGAGCUUGCUAUGAUUUCCAGCUGCCUGCACUGGAAGUUGAGCAAUGAGUUACCACAGAACUAAACACAAGCCUUUAUUUCUUGGUUCCUGGGUGGAGAAAGGGUGGCAGGCAAAGGGCCAGACUGACAUCUUCCUUUCAUACUUUGGCUCAGAAGUAGAAGCUGCUUCAUAGUAGGGCUGAGAGGCGGGCCCUGAUGCACAAACUUGAGCCCAUCCGUCAGUCCUUUUUGGUACAGCCAGGGCCUGGAGCCUUGGGUCCAAAGGGCUUCCCAUUCUGGAGCCGUCUGUGCUGAUCACCAAGCUGCUGCUGCUCUAUUUAUAUUCAGCCUCUGGCUCGGCACCCUCUGGAGUGCUGUUCCAAAGCUGCUGACUGGGUUCCUCCUUUCCUUUUGUGGAAGCUAAUUUCCCAGAUUGAUUAAUUGCCACUUGUGGGGAGCCUGCUGGUGGCUCCUUUCCAUGUUCUCCACAUGCUGCCUGCAGGCUCAUCUCUGCCCUGGACCCUCCUCCACCCUGUGGACUCCAGCUCCAACAGGAUGGCAUCAGAUGAACCUAGGAUGCCUCAGAUUUCUGGGUUCUGGGGGUGCUGUGGAUCCCCUCUCUUUCCCCAGUUCUAUGUAAGUGGAACUGGCUGAGGCCUGGGAAUGAAGGUGGAAGGGGUGGUAGGUAAGGGCCUGGGCUCUGAGCCUUUCUCUGCCAAAAUCUUGUCCUAGUUCAAACUGUCAGCACCCAGAGCUUCUGUGAGUUCAUCUUAAAACAACUAAAGAUGUCUCUUUCUCUCUCUUCUAGUAAGAUAAUGGUGCCGUCCAAGCACAGGGCAGAAGGCCCUGAGGGUAGAUGGGGAUGCAUCUGGUUUCUCUUUCCUUCUACUUGUGUAGGAGCCUGUCCUUCUAGCUGCCACAGAAUAAAGGUGGCUAUCAGGUUCUUUGAAGUAUUUCCUUGUUGGUGCUUCUGUCUUGGUGGGUUUGGGGACAUCCACCUCUCCCCAGUUACCUGCUUCGAUGUUGGCCAAGUCAAGGCAUUGGAGGCAUCUGCAAGUCUCAUUGCAGUUGCCAGUGGCUCAGCCCGGUGACCUAGGCCAGCUUGGACCUGCUCCUUGCUGGGAGCUUCCAUUUUAGGGAUGAGUUCUCUGCCACACAGACUCUAGUCCUUCUUUUCUGUCGCCUAGCGAAUGGGGACCAGUUCCACCAAGGGGUUCUGCCAUGCAAGUCGCACAGCCUCAGUUCAUUUCUGAACACAAUGAGCCAUGGUGAAGAGGGGAAAAGGGGCAGUUUCUUGCCCUUGUUGACGGCCUCAUCUCUCUGGGGCUGGACCUACAACCUUGGGGUGGAACCUGGACCUUCCAGCUAGCGCACUUCUCCGGGCAUCUAAGUCCACUUUACCACCGGGAGGCAGCGCCAGCAAAACCGAAGAGCAGAGGGUUGGUGACUGUCUUCUUUCCUGAGGCAGCACUACCUCUGUCAUCGUACCCCGAUCAGUGUGACUCACUGACUACCAUUCCUGGGGCACGUGGGGCCUCAUACCACGUCAGUUGGUAGCCUCUGUCUACUCUUCAGGGCAUGCCAUUUCUCACUCCAGGCCAGAUCCUGGCUGGAAUGUGAAUGUAGAUGCCAGGGCUAUAGGUCUUCAGGAUGAAUUAGUCCAAACUUUUCUAAGCUCCGUGCUGGGAAUUCUAGGCCCUGUAGGUUAUAAAAGAAGAGGAGAAGGUGAAGUAGAAGGCAUUGCUUCUUUAGGAUGUCAUACAGGGCUGAGAGCCAAACUCCGGCUGAGGUACUUCAGACUAUGGCUAUCUCGGGGGAUCCACCAGUGAGCGAUCGUCAGUGCUAACAAAGGUGCUGACUCCUUCCUUCUUUUCUUCCUCUGGCAGUGCCCCUACCUGCUCAGCACAUCAGACCAAAUGGUUGGAGCACUGCUUUGUGCUGGCCACUGGGUGGCAGCUGUGCUGGGCUUGCCCAAGGCUCUCUCAACGGCCUCCGACUCAUUCCUCCUCCCAAGAGGGCUUCCUUCUUGCGACAGUGUCUUUGAAGGCCAGCAGCCUUCCUACACCCCUGGGAGCUAUUUCGGUCUUUCCUUUAAGGACUGUGAUGGAAAUUGGCAGAAUACAGCCCCCUCUGUCCAUAUGAUGGAGGGUCAAGAUGUUACAGACACACACUUAAGUGCUGGGUGUGUGCACGUGUGUGGUUGUGAAUGUGUGCAUGAUGGGGGUGUAGCCAUUUCUAGGGACCAAAUGUCCUUUGUACUCUGCCCUUGAACAAUUGCAAUGAGCACUAUUAAGCUUCCUAGGACUUUCAUUAUCCACCGUAUGGGAGAUCAGAUGUCUUCCAAACUUCCCCUUUUAUGGUCUGAUAGCCUUGCAAUAGAAGUAAGAAGUAACUCAGAUAAAAAUCUAUUCCUGUGUCUCAGUCUUUUGUCUGCCUCUCCAUUCUGCAUUUUGACUGGAAAUUAUGGCUGUUUCAGCCUUAGGUGAUUUCACAGACCAGGAAAAGGGUCAGAUGCUUCUAGAAGGGGCUUGAGGCUGAAAGCACUUGGGGGAUCUGAGCCUGCAAUUAUUUGGGGAAAGAAAAUGAGCAAUAAGGAGAAGGGGAGUCCAGUGUCUUGAUUUGCUGGCUGACCACACUGAAUGGGUUUCGUGGCAGGAGUGGGGUCAUAUGUGGGGAUUGUCAUUUGUUGCUAUGGCCCCCCCUCUGCUGGUGAACUCUGCCAACCAUAUCUCCCAGUCUCUCCCUAGCAGCUUUCCUUGAGAGACGCGGGGUUGUGAGGGGCCUUUUGAGAUUCCACUUUCUCAACAGGAAAGCUGCUUCGUCCCACAGGACUAGCAGGGUCUGUGUCCCCAUUUGAGGAGGGGCCUAUGUCCCAUGAUAAUGCUCUUGGGGGAAUCUCAAGCAGGAGUGGAUGGAGGUGAGAAAUUAUUAAUAUUUCUAAAUGUUCUGCCUUUAUUUUUGACUUAGGAUUGAAAAUAUUUGUGGUUGAACUGAUUUCAGUUGUUUUCCUGUGUCUUUUUCAUGCAGAGGAAACUGGGUAGGGUUCAGAAUUUCCUGAGUAGGUUUUUUGUUUCUGUUUUUUUUUGGCAAGGUUGACAAAACAGUAGCUUCAGGGAAGAAACAGACGUCACUGAGCACCAGGGUGACUUUGCCACUCCCCAGGAUUAGAAUCUAGGAUUGAGGUGUGCAUGGCUGGAGCUGUUUCUUCCAGUGUUGUUAGAAAAAACCUUUUUGGAAGUUGGGGUGGGUUGGGGAAGAAUUGUACAUAAAGUACAUUUUAUUAUUAUGUAGAGAAACAUAAGAAAAGAAAAGCUCACGGUUAAUCUUGGGCUUGCUUUGCUUGCAUGUAAAGGAGCUUUGGGGGGCAUCAUAGGGAUUGCUGGGGAGCAGCAGGAAGGAACCCAAGGAUAGAGAUGGGUGGCUCCCUCUGGGAAGAGUGCACAUUCUCACCAGGCCUGUUUGGUCCAACUCUGCCUUUCUAUCUUCUCCAGAAUAAAGGGAGGCAGGCUCAGCAGGCUGGAGGCACAGAGCCCCUUGGGUCUGUACCUGUUGCUUUGGAGAGAAGGCCCAGGAGGUGUGUUAAUAUCCAGAUCAAGAAUAAAUAGGUAAUUAAUUGCGUAAGUGUUUCAGAAAGGGGAGUUAGAGAGCUGGAGCAGAGAGAGGAGGUCAAGAUAUUUUGCCAGGUAUUUAUGAGGCUGAAAGGGGAAUAGAGAGUUAGGUCAGUCAUGGAUUAGAAAGUUUGGGUCCUGGGAUAAGACAGUGAGGACAAAGCCAGGGGACAUCAAAUCAAGCCUUAACCUUUCUCUCUGGGGCACAUGAUAACUUUGUUACCACUAAGGGUGCAGCGUACAGGUUGGAGGUCAUCCUAAGAAAAGGAAGAGAAGUGAUUACCCUGUGAUGAGGGCAGGUGGGGAAGGGGUGGCAAUGAAGUUCAUUUUGGGGGCAGUUGUGGGAGGGUGACAUUGUUAUUGCAAAAAGACUGUGGGAUUGGAGUCUUGGACCAUAGGCCCAGACUGGAUCUUGGAAGAGGUCUUGUUUCUUAGCUAGACUUCCUUGCUUCUGCUAGAAUUAGCCUAUAACACUAAGUGCCCAAACCAAACAUGGACAUAUUUUUGUGAUGUCUUUCAACAUUAUCUAUUUGUUAUUGGGGUCUCCUCAGGCCCAAAGCUAGGAUACUUGUCUUGAGAUUCCCCAGGCUAUCACCAGUUCUGUGUCAGUGGAGAAGGAAGAAUCAUUCUUGUGAGCUUCAUGUGUUUGUUCUCAUAAGCAGAAAUGGCAGGUGGCCUUCCAUGAUCUGACACUGUUCCUGAGACAUCGCUGCUGGUGAUGGAGAGGAGGGACUGGGGCUUGACUUUUGCAUUGUUUACCCUUUCUUAUUGAGGUACAGAGACUAACUUCAGACCAUGAAGCUACACAGUGGCUUUCUACUUAGAGGUUUGUCCUCAGUUUCUCUUACUUUGAUAGUUUAGGGCUACCAGUCUGGUUGGCAUAAGAGGGGAAAGAGAGUUACCCUGAUACCAGACCAGCCAUGCUCUUUGUUGUCUCCAACUCUUCCGACUUUCAGAUCAAGAGGCAGAAUUAAAAAUCUCUUCUUUAGAAGAAGUUAGUAAACCAACGAUAAAAGCUCAGAUUGGACUUCAGCACUCUUAGCAACUUGGUUUGGUUAGGGGUGUCUAUUACCACCCUUCCCUCUGACUGGUAGUAAGGCCACACUGGUCCAGUGUUUUAUUUCUGGGCUGCUCUGUCUGUACUUUCAAAUAAGGCUUUCAUGAGCAAAUAUAAUAAGCCCACCAGAUGUUUUGUGUGUUGGGUUGCUGAGAGGGUAGAAGUGUGUUCAUGACCUCAUUUUAAGUUGAUAGAAUAAUUCACAAUAGAUUGAGUCUGAUCCAAAGACACCUCUACACUCCAAAGGUUUCUGUGUAGGAUAAGGAACAAUUAAGCCUUAAUACAAAUAUCAUUAAUGGGUGGCCAUGCCUCAUAGAAGGAAGAGUCAGAGUAUCUUGAUUGCUAAAUAUUUUGGUAAAACAGCAAGCAGCAGUUGAAAUCACUUGGAUUUUCUCUUCUGUGGUAGCUCUAUAGUAGUAAUUAGGGUUUCUGAAAAGGGAUGAUGACAUAGUUGUCAGCUUUGUACCACUGGCCUGGAGAGCUAGGUUAGGGAGUUGGAGUGGUACAAAUUCUCAGUUCCUGUCCUUGGUCCCGUGGCCCUCUGCCUUUCCCAUCCCACUACACGUGAUAUUAAUGUCUGUCUGGGCCUGGUCUUUAGGAAAUAUGCUCCACCUCUCCCUGGCACUGGGUUUCCUGGGUUUAUUUUAGGAAUUAAGGCAAGCUCUUCCCUUCCACCCCAGGUACACACCAAUUAGGUUCCCUUUCCUUCCUCACCCCCACUUCUUUAUGGCUCCAGGGAUCUUGAAUUUGUGCAUGGUUUACAAUGGGGAGGUGGUUGGGUUGGGCUGGGAAUCUGGGAGGGGAGAAAGUUUGGGCUGGGAGGGGGGAUUUGCAUUUUCAGCCUUAGAAAUACCACAAGCAUGCUUUUGGGCCAUGUGUGGGGUUAUCACAUAUGUAGAUGGAAGAGGCAAAUGCCAACUCUCCUCAUAUUGGUCGUGAGGGCUUAGGGUCUUUUUGCUUCCUUUGGCUUAGGGCAUCUAUGAAACCUUGUUUCCGGUAAGGGGAAUAGACCUCCUCAUGGUCAUGUUGCAAUCUUUGGAAGGGACAUUGUCAAUCACUCUAUCAACAAGUAUUUACAUUGCCUACUAUGAACAAUCAGAGGUCGGUCAUGAGUAGACUGUGUCCUGGCUGGGUCAGAGAAAUAGGAUUUUCUCACCUGUCCCUCUGCGGUUACCAGGUUCUCAAUCUGGUCUCUAACCUCCAGCCAGCUGUCUAUUCUGUGUUCCUUUCCUGGGCUCAGGAAGUAAGAGUAUGUGUAUGAGAUUGUGCGUAUGGUGUGUUUGUGUGGGUGGUGUGGUAUGUGUGUGUGUUGGUGGCGUAUGGGGUAUGUAUGCAUGUCCUGUGGUGUGUGGGUGUUUGUGUGUGUUGUGU